UUUCCCGCUUCAUCCGAUCUCAGCUCCUUGUUUUCGUCAAUAUAAUGGGGCGGGGUGGUAUUUUGAUUUGGUUUUUGGUUCUAGCCGUCGCUAUUCUGAUCGCAUCUUAUAUAAAACCGUUUGACCAUAGUAAGUAAACCGGUGUCGUGAUGCGAACAAUUCUUCAAACCGUUUUCUUGCAAAGUUUUCUAACUGUAACUAGCCGUUCUCGUGUUGCUGCUUCUGGUUUAUGUGUCAAAAAUAGCAGCGUUGUCUGUAAACGCUUUUCUAGAUGGUUUACGUCGGAAAAAUUGGUAAACAUAGACGUGAAAAGGCUGAAGGAGAUGAUGAAAUCAAACGACCUUAAAUUGAUAGAUGUCCGAGAACCAGACGAGUUGGAGGAAGCCGGGAAGAUCCCUUUUGCUGUUAAUAUUCCACUCGGUGAAGUCGAGGAUGCCUUCAAAUUAGACGAGGAAAGCUUUUUAGAGAAGUACAAGAUCCACAAACCGAAUGUGGCGGACAAAAAUGUAGUUUUCAGUUGUAGAAGUGGUGUCAGAAGUAUGCGCGCUCUCAAAAUCGUUCAGAGUUUGGGUUAUGAAAAUCCUCUCAAUCUUGUUGGCGGAUACAAUGCAUGGUCUAAAGAAAAUGCAGAAGAAUAGGAUGUUAUUUGCUACAGUACUUCUCUUUACUAAAUAUGUAACAAUGUACAACAAUAAGAUCGUAAUGUAUAUUUAUUUACAGUCAAAACAACUUGUAUUUUCAAGACGUUCUCUAAUCUGCAACAUACCAUCCUAUUGUUUUUGCAUAUAUUUUGUUUUUAGCUUAUCACAAAUGAAUCUUUUUUGGAUAGUUUUGAUAUAUGGGUGUAUGUUGUUAAAACUUGCUCUCAGGUAACAACAUUUGACGUAGCUUUUACACUGGGAUGUGUCGUUAUUUUUACAAAAUUUUCUCAGAAACAAUUGUAAAUUUGACAUCCAAAGAUUGAUUUUGUUUCACUUAAUCUGUUUCUUUGAAUAAAUUUUUAAAACGUUUUCAAGUUAA